ACUUGACUAUCCGCUCAGGCGUCGCUGUUCUUGUAGCCUCGACGAAUGCCUCAAAAAGCUAAAAAAAAAAAUCGCACUGAAGCACUUUAGCUAAGCUAGCUAGCUAGCACGCUAGCUUUUCUUCAUAUGUGAUUCUUGAGAAGAAAGGAGUAUCAGGACAGGAGCAGUAGUUCAUGGAAGACAAGAAAAGGAAAAAAGACGACAAAAGGAAAAGGGAAGCCUCUCAGAAGGUUACAGAACAAAAAAACAAAGUGCCAGACUUGACCAAGCCGGCGUCUACCCAGCCUCCUGCCACACAGAGCAGCUCUGCCUCCCCCAGCCCUGGACCCACCCCCUCUGCCUCCCCAUCCCCAGCCACCUCAGGCCCUGGCAGUGCUGCCACCCCGUCACAGGGCGGCAACAAUGCCAAGCGCCUGGCGGUGGCCAACGGACAGCCCACCUCCACCACCAGUUCUUCCUCCACCGCUGGCGGCCCCAGUGCUGCUGGAAACAGCAGUGCAAGUAGCGGAGGCGGAGCCCAGGCGUCUCAGCAGCAACCACGCUACAUGCCGAGAGAAGUGCCGCCGCGAUUCCGCUGCCAGCAGGACCAUAAAGUGCUACUGAAGAGGGGUCAGCCGCCACUGUCCUCCAUGCUGCUGGGAGGGGGAGGAGGAGGGGAUGGCCCAAAUGCAAACAUGGCUGCUGUCUCAGAUUCUGGUGCGGCUGCCUCCUCAUUGGCCCUCACCUCAUCAUCAGUUGCUGCUUCUACUACUACUUCUAAUUAUGCAAAUUCCAUGUGGGGGGCGAGCUCAGGCAGCCAGACCUCCUCUCAGGGCAGGGAGAAGGUGAUUGUUGAUGGCAACGACCUGGAAGAGUGGCCUAGCAUCGCUGGCAGUGAUGGGGGAGGAGCUUCAUUCACCAGGGCUGGGGGGGGCAGCAGCAACAAUGGAAUGCCUGUGAACAGCAACAGUGCCUCUGGCAACCAAUCCUCACCCACUUCCUCGUUCUCUUUGCCCAAUGAAUGUAUGCAGUCGUCCAAUGGUGUGGCAUGGGGGACGGCUGCCUCCCAGGGUCAUCUUGGAGGAGGGAAUGCAGUAGCUGCAGCUGGGCCUCUGCUACAACAGCCCUCCUCACUUUCCAAAGCCUCCGCUGUGCCAGGGAGCCAUGAUGCCAGUGGCCCCGUCGACGGCAGCAGUGGGAUUCCAGGUGCCAACUUCAAUCCAAAUGCCAACCCUUCGGCCUGGCCUGCCCUGGUGCAGCAGGAUGGGCCUGCUGCUGCAGGGGAAGGAGGUCCGUCUUCCUUCCAUCACCAGGGCCCUGGAGGGUCUUUGUCUGCCAACAACUCUGCUUCCCUGGGGCUAGGAGGUGGGGCAGUCGGGGUGCUGGGGGGUCACCCACCUUUAUCUGUGAAUCAAUCAAGCACCCAUCAGCACCAACUUCACCAAAUGCAAUCCAGAGACAGAGAGAUGGGAGGGGGGAAGUGGGACAGCGAAUCAGCGGGACCAAAAAUCGCAGGGGGGGAAGGGAUUGGGGGAGGAAUGGACCAUGGUGUGGGAGGAGGCGGAACGAGUGUGGGAGACCACAGUCUUGCCUCCUCAUGGAGAGGCCAGCCUUCUUACCCUGCAGCUAACUCCAAAACGGGUGCCUCAAGGACUGAUGGAUGGGAGGGCGGAGGAGGAGGUGGCACAGGUGGAUUCGGAGCUGCUGAAGGGGAUAAUGGGACCUCGGGUUGGGGUUAUCCGAGUUCCACUAGUGGGGCAAAUGCUUGGGGCAGUGCUGGAACUGGGGGAAACGGUAGUCAAACCUCUGGGGUAUCUCAGGGAGGGUGGGGGUCAUCAGGAGUAGGAUCGGAGAGAGGAGUUUCUGGUGGUGAUUGGGGUGGAAGCACCACUGGUAUUGGAGGAGCUAAUCCAGGAGGAGAGGGAAUGGGUGGAGCCUGCAGCAGUAACAGCAGCAGUAGUGGGGGCAGCACAGCUGGCAACCCACCUGCCACCUCCUCAUCUUCCUCAACAGCCACCACUAUGACCAGAGUCUGGGACAAUCAGAAGGGAGAAAGUGAAACUGGGGAGUGGGGCGGGGGAGUCGGAGGACAGGGAGCACGAGGAGGAUCUUCAUCCAGCGGUGGAAAUUCCAGAAACGGGAGCGGACCUAACAGCAGUCAAAGUCGUCCUCGCCGCCAGGCACCUAACGCUGAAGCUGCCUUACAGAACCUGCUAAACCGGUCUGAUCUGGACCCACGGGUCCUGUCAAACACAGGCUGGGGCCAAACACAGAUCCGACAAAACACGGCCUGGGAUGUUGAUGAACAUGGAGGACAGAGUAAAGGUGGAUUGCCAUCAGCUUCAGCAUCAAAGCACCCAUCAUCUCUUGGUGGUUCGUCUCAGUAUUCUGGUGGACCCAGGACCCAAAUCACUGAAUCAGCGGGUCCAGGGGUCAAUCCUUCCCUGGUUGCAUCUGCUGGGUCCUCCGGAGAGGGCUGGGAGAGCAGCAGCAACAGUAGCAGUAGUGGGGCCUCUCUGUCUGGGAGAGCCCCACCACCUUCAGGCCCCAACAUGAGGAAUCUUGGCAUCUCACAAUCUGGACCAGUGACCACAACAGGACCGGGUAUGGGGUCAGGGGUAAUACCAGGACACAACCAGCAGGUGAAGGCUACAGGCUGGGGUGGAGAAGGGAUGGGGUCUGGGGAUGGCCAGGAAGCCAAGGGUUGGGGGAAUGAGGAAUGGAGAGACAGUAGUAGAGGAGGAAAAGGAGGAGGAUGGGGUGAUCUUGGGAAACAGGGUGACCAAGUGAGUGGAGGCUGGGGAGGAAAUCAGGAGGAGAAAGGGGCAGGGGGUUGGAAAGACAUGGGUGGGAAUGGAGGAGGAAGUGGGUGGGGAUCAGGACAAAAGGUUGGGGCAGGUAGGGACUGGGGAGAGCAAGAGUCCAAAUCAAAUAGCGGAGGAGGGGGAUGGGAGGAUGACAGGAAGAAUGGAGGUGGAAACUCAGGUGGGGAUUCAGGUGUGGGUGGUUGGGGAAGCUGGGAUGAUAAUGCUCCCCGUAGAACCUGGGGAGCAGGGGGCACAGGGGGAGGAGGGAGCGGAGGAGGGGGGAUGGGAGUUGUUGGGGGAAUGGGGUCCAAACCCCAUCAAAAUUGGAGUGGAGGAAACAAAAUGCACCAGAUGCCAAACAGCCAAUUGGGCUCCAUCACAGGCCCGCAGGCACAACUGCAACAGCAACAAUCACAGCCCCGCAAUCAGCAUCCACAGCUGCAGCAAGCGUUGGACCAAGGGGCUAUGCAAGGGGGCGGGGGGAGAAAACCCAUCUCUCAAGCCCAGAAUCAGAACCAAAGCUCAGGCUGGACCUCGGGGCCCAUCCCUGGCGGCCCCGGAGGAAGUGGAAGUGGAUCUGAACCGAGCGGCUGGGAGGAACCCUCGCCGCAGUCUAUAAGCAGGAAGAAUGAGAUAGACGAUGGAACAUCAGCGUGGGGAGACCCAACCCAUUACAACUACAAGCCAGUCAACUUGUGGGAUAAGAACAGCGCCCCUACUGGCCAGCAGCCACAUGUUCAGGGUCAGGCCCAGCAGCAGCAGCAUCAGCAGCAGCAGCAGCAGCAACAACAACAACAACAGCAGCAGCAGCAGCAGCAGCAGGGACCUCCAAUACAGCAGCAGCCCAGCAGGCAGGCUGCAGGGCUCGGAGGUAACAGAGAUUUCAACACUGGCCACGGACCAGGGAAAGUUUCAGCUAUGGGUCCGUCAGGUUGGGGUGGUACUCCUCCAACUAGUCCUACAGUAGACAAUGGCACAGCAGCUUGGGGAAAGCCUAGUGAUGCCCCUACUGGCUGGGGAGAGCCUGACAAUGCUGGAGGGAAGACGACAGGCUGGGGAAACCCUUCUACCAACCCCAUCAAAUCUGGUUCAAAGUCUAUGCAAGAUGGCUGGGGGGACAAAGACGGCUCUGUGGCAGCCUCGCGUCACUCGAGCUGGGAGGAUGAGGAGGAGGCAGGUGGCAUGUGGAACAGCGCCGGCUCCCAGGGAAGCGGCUCGUCUUGGGGACAGGGAAGCAACGGGGGUUGGGGUCAGAGCCACACCGUGAAGAAGCCCAACAACAAGGGUCCACUGAAGGCUGGCGGAGGAGACUCUUGGAUGAACCCCAUCAACAGACAGUUCUCCAACAUGGGUCUGCUGAAUGAUGAUCCCAGUGGUCCGAACAUUGACCUGGCUCCAGGAUCUCUCCAGGAAAAGAAGAUGGAAGCAGAGAAAAGAGGCAUGGGAAUGAAUGAUUACAACGGAGACAUGAGGAAGGGAGGAAGAGGAGGAGGAGGAGGCGGGAUGGCUUAUCGUCCACCUGGUUCCAAAGAGGCAGCACCUGUGGACCCUGGGUCCUACUAUGACAAGACCUUGCCUUUGACCAAUCAGGAUGGGUGCCUUGGGGAUGAGGGUCCUUGCUCUCUCUACUCACCACCCACUGUCUACAAGCCCCAUUCCCUCUUCAACCACACUAUCCCUUUUAGACAAGGCGGUCACAGUAUCUUUGGCAGUGGUGGAGGGAUGGGUCAGUCGAGACACCAGCCAAAUGUCCCACCCAUAAACCAGUCCCCGGGGAUACGAGGGCAAGUGCCUCAUCAGUUCCUGUCACCCCAGGUGCCAGGCUCCGUGCUGAAGCAGAUGCCCCCUCCCAGUGGGAGUGUGGGGGGUGUUGGCGGUGUGGGAGGAGUGGCAGGAGUUGGGGGAGGUGUGUUCCCUCCACAGCUGUCCCCCCAGCAUAUUGCCAUGCUCAGCAGCAUCUACCCACCUCACAUUCAGUUUCAACUGGCUUGUCAGCUCCUCCUCCAGCAGCAGCAGCAGCAGCCACAGCAGCAGCAACAGCAGCUACUGCAAAACCAGAGGAAAUUCACACCGAAUGUGCGGCAGCAGGCUGACCCCCAACAGUUGGCCCGGAUCAUGGCAGUGCUCCAGCAGCAGAGGCAGCAGCAGCAGGUCGGGGGUUUAGGCGGCAGCUCCAAACUCUCCCCCUCCCACCAUGGUGGAGGUGGCAUAGGGGGUCCUAAACUGCCUGGGACUGAUCCCCUGCCCCAUCCAGGCCUAGCAGGAUCUGUGGCUGACCUGCACCAGAAAACUCUCGGACCAUACUCUGGGUUUAGUUCUGGAGUGAACCUUCCCGGUCUGGACCUGGGUGGUUGUGUUGGGGGGGCCGGGGGCAUGAAGGACCUAGGAGUUCAGCAGUCCCGCUUCAAGUGGAUGAUGGAGGGACACUCCUCUCCAGACACAUCCUCCCCUGAGAACCCAUUCCAUAAAAAUGGUCCCGUCACCCCCAUAAAGAUGCCAGGAGGCUCGCCCUACUCUCAGUACGACAUGAUGGUUGGAGACGGGCUGGGUGACAGCUGGCAUCGCACCCCUGGAAAGAUGGUUACCAAGCCCACUCCCACGCCAAGCUGGCCCCCUGAGUUCCAGCCUGGUGUUCCCUGGAAGGGAAUUGACCGCGUUGACCCUGAAUCUGACCCCUACAUGACCCCAGGAAGCAUGAUGGGAAAUGCAGUGUCCCCCAACCUCAAUGAUACUGAGCACCAGUUGUUACAAGACAAUACAGAUUCCACCCCUCCCCUCAACACCUUGCUGCCUUCACCUGGUGCCUGGCCCUACAGUGCCUCAGACAGUCCCCUCAACAACGCACACAACUCAGCAAAGUACACAGACUACAAGACCAGCUGGCCCCCAGAGCCCAUCGGACACAAGUCCUGGAAAGCCAGCCGUGGCAGCAGCCAGUCCCAGCUGUCCCGCCCACCUCCAGGACUAGCCAGUCAAAAGCAGCCAUCACCUUCCCCUUGGUCAGGAGGACCCCCUCGGUUAGCUGGAAGGGGCUGGGGCGGUGGCUCCAGCAGCACUGGCUCGACCUGGAGUGACAGCAGCUCUCGGGAAAGCUGCUGGUUGGUGCUCAGCAACCUCACACCACAGAUCGAUGGCUCUACACUGAGGACCAUCUGCAUGCAGCACGGCCCCCUGCUGACCUUUCACCUUGGCCUGACCCAGGGCACAGCUCUGAUUCGCUACGGCUCCAAACAGGAGGCAGCCAAAGCCCAGAGUGCACUCCACAUGUGUGUUCUGGGUAACACCACCAUCUUGGCGGAGUUUGUGAGCGAGGAGGAUGUGGCUCGCUACAUUGCACAUUCCCAGGCUGGAGGAGCAGGAAGCGGAGGAUCCACAGCCAGCUCUGCAGGCUCCGGGCCUACAGCGUCCUCCGCGGUGGGGGCUAACAGUAACGGAGGAAACUGUGAGAGAGGUGGAGCAGGAGGGAGCAGCGGUGGAGGAGGAGUGGAUGGAGGAUCCACAGCUGGAGGAGCAGGAAGUGGAGGAGCUGGGCCUUCCAGCUCCGGGUGGCAGAGUCUGGACAGCACAGGCAGCUCAUCGGACCAGUCCGCCACCCAGGGGCCCGGGCUGGGCAUCUUCAGCCAGUGGAGCAGCAAUGGGACCGGGGUGGGUGGUGCUGGAGGCGUGGAAGCCGGAAGGCAGGGCCUGUGGGGGGGAAUGGGUGGGAUGAGCGGGGCGGGGUACCCCAGCAGUAGCCUCUGGGGUUCCCCAGCACUGGACGAUCGUCACCAGAUGGGCAGCCCCGCCUCACUGCUGCCAGGGGACCUGCUGGGCGGGGGGGCCGACUCCAUCUAAGGGUCCGACUGACACACACUCACACACACACACACAUACACACACACAUUUUACACCCAAGCUGUAAUACAUAUGUCACACUCUGUACUUAUUUACAUGCACAGAUGACAUGAAUCAAAGCUACACUGGUCACCCAACAUGCAGAAAUCCAACAUUCAUACUACACACACACACACAGGCUACAUUCAGUACAUGCACAUCAUUUUCACACAUACACAUUAAAUCGCUUAACUUUAAAUGAAGACAACAGUAAAACUUGAACCGGGGAAAAAGGUGAAAUCCAUUAUUCAACUGGAUAGCUCUUUGUCUUUUUACUCAAAACCCCACCAUCUGCAUUCAGAGACCCAAUCACUCAGGCAUGCACUGUAGACAGGCUCAGCCAGAGUCAUACAUGUCAACAAGUUUAGCUAUUGCUGUUUUUAGUGUGCCACAUUUUUUUUUCUUUUGUAUUACUAUUUAAUGGUCGAAUCUCAAAGUUCAGACUUGCAGACUGAGCCCUCGUAGACCUAGCAGGCGUACUUCUAAGUUCUCAUGUUUGGAAGCUUGAGAGUGGGGAAGGAUCUGGAGUUUGUAGAAAAUUUGGGACAGCGCCACACUACUGAGUCAAAUGGACGAUCAGCAACCUUUAUGAUCUGGAAAAGGAGUGUUUUUAGUAGGUACCGACACCUCUACCUUGGUGGAAAUACGCCAUCAUCAUGGGACCCAGGGUAAAAAAAAAAAAAAAAAAAAAAAAAAAAAAAAAAAUCAAAACAAAAACAACAUUAGCCAAACUUGCACUAUAUGCCUUUGGGUUUGUUGUUGACACAUCCUCCACAAAUCCCUCCAUUUUUGAAACAGAGCUACAACACAACUACACAGACCUUACUGGACGACUCAAUGU